GCAGUGAGCCAGUGACCCUUCCCCUCUCUCUCUUUCUCCACCUGCAUGCACCCUCUUGUCGACAGUAAGUAGGCUUCCUACCGGAGAAAUUAAGCAUACAAUACCCAUUAUAAUAUUCUCAGCUCUUUAUAUCAUGACAAAUGAUGAUAUAAUAUCCGGGUUUCCCAGCUUCUUCAAGUUGAUUCUUGCACCCAGACUUGAUCUUCAUAAAUUGGAAAUUCCGACGGUUUUCAUGAAAAAUUAUGGGAUUGAUCUGACAGACAUUGUAUACCUCAACAUUCCAACUGGUAAGAUAUGGAAAGUGAAACUAGUCAAGGAAAAAAAUACAAGGGUUUGGUUGCAGAAUGGGUGGCCAAAAUUUGUGGAAUUCUACUCAAUUUCCCACGGUUAUGCUUUGAUGUUUAGAUACACAGGAAGUUUGCGUUUCAAUGUCCAUAUAUUUGACAUGAGUGCAUCUGAGAUCGAUUAUCCUCUUCGUACCAAAACAUGCAAGCAAAUCCUUAAGAGAAAGAUCAGGGAGAACAAUAAUAAUAAGGAUGCUAACAUGAAUGCACCAACUAGUUCUUCCCAUAAAGCUAAAGGGAUGGUUGGACCAAAACGAAGUAAAUUUUGGGGUAAUACAAGGGGUGCUACACCUGAAGAAAUCAAGAACGUAGAAUCUUAUGCUUAUCAGUGUGGAUAUCCUUCAUUCGCUGUCAAAAUGCGACCAUCUUACGUACAAUACUCAUUUGUUUUGAAUGUACCAUCCGCAUUUUUCAAACAGUACACAAGCACUGAAGCUGUAAACUUCAUACUCAAAAACGUGACUGGUAAAACCUGGCCAGUGAAAGCCAAUCGAAAACAUGAACAUGUGAAGAUCUCCAAAGGAUGGAAAUUAUUUGCAAUCCACAAUAAUUUACGUGUAGGAGAUAUUUGUGUUUUCGAAUUGAUGAAGAAGGGUGCUCAGAAUUCUUUCAAAGUUGGUAUAAUUCGCUCUUGUGAUGUUGCUAAAGAAGAAGCCCAUAUUAAAGCUGAAGUAUGAAGUUGCUUACAAACAAUGGUAAAAGAUAAAUUCGUAACACUUCCUCCCUUUUUUUUAGUUGCAACACUUUUUUUCAUCAACUCCAAUGUAAAAUUAAAAUUUGGGUAGGAUGGAGGUAGAGAGGAGAAAAAGAGAGGGCCUCAUGUGAUUAGAAAGAGAUAGCGAGAAAUGAAAAAUAAAAGUAGAAAGUAUUGCAACUAAUUAAUUAUUUUCCUUUUAAGAAAGUGUUGCAACUAAAAAAAAAGAAGAAAGUAGUGAUGUUUCUUAGAAAUUUGUGAUGAGAUGAUGAGAGUUUAUAUGGCAAUUGAAGCUUCUUAGUGGCUUACCGAUU